UACAAGCCCACGAGGAAUCUGCCUGCUCUGUAAUGAGGGGUUAGGCAGCAGCAGUGGCAGGCAGCAGCAGCAGAGGAGGGGUGGGGAGGAGGAAGAGGAAGAGGAGGAGAGAGGACCUGGAUGCAUCAUGCCCACACAGGUGUUUCUCAGGAGUGAUUAGUAAGCAGCUAAGCAUUUCCCCAUCUGAGUUGCUCCCUGGUAGCAACUGGUAGUCUGAAAGUUGAGUGCACUUUGGGUCCUGCUGGAGAUGGUCAGGAAGCCCAGCCUGGCUCAGGGCGCCUUUUUGCCAGCCAGUGUGAAUGGGGGCCCUCCUGCCUUGCGCCCUGGGCCCCCGCCAGAGGCGCCCCCAAGGGUGCCAGCCGUGGCACUGAAGAAGAAGAUCACGCUGCUGCGUGGGGUCUCCAUCAUCAUUGGUACCAUCAUUGGCGCGGGCAUCUUCAUCUCGCCCAAGGGGGUGCUGCAGAACACGGGCAGCGUGGGCCUGUCCUUGACUGUAUGGACACUCUGCGGCUUCUUGUCCCUCUUCGGAGCCUUGUCUUAUGCUGAAUUGGGAACCAGUAUAAAGAAAUCCGGUGGUCAUUACACAUAUAUUUUGGAAGUCUUUGGCCCAUUACCAGCUUUUGUGAGAGUCUGGGUGGAACUCCUCAUUAUACGCCCUGCGGCCACUGCUGUGAUAUCUCUGGCAUUUGGGCGCUACAUUCUGGAACCAUUUUUUGUCCAUUGUGACAUUCCUGAACUCGCUAUCAAGCUCAUCACAGCAGUAGGCAUAACUGUUGUGAUGGUCCUAAAUAGCAUGAGUGUCAGCUGGAGUGCCCGGAUCCAGAUUGUUCUAACCUUUUGCAAGCUCACAGCAAUUCUGAUAAUUAUAGUCCCUGGAGUUAUGCAGCUAAUUAAAGGCCACACCCAACACUUCAAAGAUGCCUUUUCCGGAAAAGAUGCGAGUAUUGUCCGCCUUCCCUUGGCAUUUUACUAUGGGAUGUAUGCCUAUGCUGGCUGGUUUUAUCUCAACUUUGUCACUGAAGAAGUGGAUAAUCCUGAAAAGACCAUCCCCUUGGCCAUCUGCAUCUCCAUGGCCAUUGUCACUGUGGGUUAUGUGCUGACCAAUGUGGCCUAUUUUACCACCAUCAGCGCUGAGGAUCUGCUGCUCUCCAAGGCAGUGGCUGUGACCUUUGCUGAGAGGCUCCUGGGCAAUUUCUCCCUAGCAGUUCCUUGGCUGGUCGCCCUUUCCUGCUUUGGAUCCAUGAACGGCGGGGUGUUUGCCGUCUCCAGGUUAUUUUACGUGGCCUCCCGAGAGGGCCAUCUCCCGGAGAUCCUCUCCAUGAUCCAUGUCCACAAGCACACUCCUCUGCCAGCAGUGAUUGUUCUGCACCCUCUGACAAUGAUCAUGCUCUUCUCUGGAGACCUCAACAGUCUUCUGAACUUCCUCAGCUUCGCCAGGUGGCUUUUUAUUGGGCUGGCAGUGGCAGGGCUGAUUUACCUGCGAUACAAACGCCCCAACAUGCACCGACCUUUUAAGGUGCCACUCUUCAUCCCUGCCCUGUUCUCUUUCACCUGCCUCUUUAUGGUUGCCCUUUCCCUUUACUCCGACCCCUUCAGCACAGGCAUCGGCUUCGCCAUCACGUUGACAGGGGUCCCCGCCUACUAUCUCUUCAUUAUCUGGGACAAGAAACCCAAGUGGUUCCGGGCACUGGCAGACAGAGUAACCAGAACAUUGCAAAUAAUACUGGAAGUUGUACCAGAAGAAGAUUGUCAUAAAUUAUGAAUUAUGUGAAAUCUUAGCAAUCCAGCCUUGUUUCUGCCCAUAUGGGAGAAAUGCACCCUGGAUCUACACUUCAGAACCUGAAAAUUCAGGAUUGCAACUUUGACCAUGGACACAAGAAUCAGUUUUUGUUUCUGUUCAAACUGGUUUCUCAGAAAUGUCCUUGUUACUACACAUAUUUGAAGGGUUUCUGUGCAAAUGAUCCAUGAGGUUCGCAAAGUCCUAAAGUCCUUGAUGCCUCACUGCAGAAAUCAGGGGAGACUACAAGGAGAUUCACAUAUUUUUAUUGUGAUUCUCUCUCAUGGUUUCCAAGGCUCAAGGGCCUUUAAAUUGAAGUUGAUAUCUUUUCUAGAUGUCAUAGUUUUGGUAAACACAAAUGUUUGUAUACUGUAGAUGAUGCUACUGUGAAAAGUGUUCUAUACUCUUACUGGAAAUAAAAAAGAAGUCUACCUUCUCAGGAAGGCACAGAUAAAGGGCAUUUAUUCAACAUUGGCAUUACUUUGCUCUGCCAAUUUUGAUCUCACUUACCUUUUAAUGGGUAUGCC